AUGGCCGCGCUGAAAUUGCCCGAUAUCGAUGUCUCUCGUCAGUUUACCAGCCCAGCAAACCUCACUGACAAGCGCGUCAUUUCCAGCGAAAUGGGCGCGGUGCCCCUAACGGCAUAUCGGCUCACCCACAGCGAGCUGCUUUCUCUCGUGAAUCUCGCGGCAGUUGGCGGUGUUAACCAGAUGGUGUUCCAUGGACAAACAUACUCCGGAAACUACUACGUCACCUCAUGGCCCCGGUAUAGAGCAUUCUUUUACCAAUUCUCGGAGAUGUACUCGGACAAGCAACCAUCCUGGGACCACGGAUUUGGGGACCUUCUCAACUAUACUGCUCGAGUGCAAUACCUCCAGCUGUCAGGUGUAUCGCGCACGGAUGUGGCAAUUUACAUAAGAUAUAUCUACAGUUACUUGUCGCCAGAGAACUUUGCCCUGCCUGAGGCUCGAGUUCACAAUGGGAUAUUUGCACCCGAUGGUCCCGCAUACAGAGCUCUCCUUAUCACCGGUGACAACAACAUGACCUUGUCCGGUCUGUAUUAUAUCCAGAAGUAUGCUCUAGGGGGCUUAACUGUGAUUCUAAGUGUCGAAGACCCAGGGGCCUAUACUCAUGGCAAUAGCGACAAGUCUGCCACUCAGAGAGCAAUUCAAACUCUUAAGUCGCGCAAUGUCCCCAGUGUCUCUGCUGUGCAGUCUAAUGGUACGUGGUACUCUACGUGGCGCGAGAACUCUGAGACCGGUACAGAUGAUGCAUUCGUGUUCUGCGAGACCAACGCCGGUGCUAUCGCCCAUAUCUCUGCUAGCAGGGUCAGCCAGUCCCUGGUCCUUUCCAAUGGGGAUCGCAAACAUCUCCCGUCGGCCGAGGUUGCAAGCUCCAACAUGCUCUCCGACUGGAUUUUGACAGCGGAGCAUUGGGAGGCACAGACUCCCAUCUCUCUUACCUUGGACCCAGGUCGAUGGAACUCAUCGGGUCUAGGCUACCACACGACUCAAUUGACCUGGCCGCCCACGAACGGCUCAGCAGAUGGCGCAUAUCUCGUUCUUUCCCCCAUUUCUCACACUGCUCGUCGUUAUGCAAAGGGAAAACAAUUGUCGCCUCUGGACCUCACGGCUCCCCGUGCGGAUAUCACAGCAUACCUACAAAAGGGUUCGAAUGACGUGAGUGUGGUGGUCCCAACGACGUGGAACUAUGCUCGCAGCAUCGCGGGUGACGUCGAAACAGUCACUGUAUCACUCUUGGGUGAGAAUGGGUCAGAUCCUCCCGGGCCUAUUCAGAACGACCUGAUUGGAGAUGUCAAGUUGGUGCCAUAUGUCAAAUACCAACUUGGCUCAUAG